UAUAGGUUAUGUUAUGAUUUUGAAAAUAAAAAAAUAACAAAAUGAAUAUUACCACUAAACAAUGGAUUCAAAUUUUUAAAAUACCUUAUAAUAAUUUUUCUAUUUUUGGAAAAGUUUUCACUUAUAAAAGUGCUUAUUCUCUUGAUAAAUUAUACCCUACACAUAGUAUAAAACUCUUCACACCAACCUUUGUUCCUGAGGAUCCAAAUGCUAAAUUUAAUGGCUAUAUACCAAUUAAAGAACUUAAUAUUACUUAUAGCCGUAGUAGUGGUGCAGGAGGACAACAUGUAAAUUGUACAAAUAGUAAAGUGAAUAUAAGAUUUCAUUUACAAAGCGCUAAAUGGUUAUCAGAAGAGAUUAAAAGCAAACUAUUGGAACAGUAUAAAGAUAAAUUAUCUAAAGAGGGUUAUCUUAUAAUCAAGUCAGAAUUAACAAGGUCUCAACAAUUAAAUUUAGCUGAUGCUCUUCGAAAAUUAAGAGAUAUGAUAUGGGAAGCGACGAAACCUCCACCAGAAACAUCUCCAGAAACUUUAGAAUUAAAAAGGAAACAACAUCUUAGAGCAGCAAGGAAAAGACUUUUUGAAAAACGAAAGCAUUCUAUGAUGAAAGAAUUUAAAAAAGCUCCUAUGAAUUUUUGAAUUUCUUUAUAUUAUAUCCUUAUAUUAUAUCAUAUAGAAUAAUAAACUUUUAAAUAAAUGAAGUUUAACAUAUGAUAUGUUGUAACGAUAAUUGUACAUGAUAUAUAAUAAUUAUAAUAAUUAAAAAUUUUAUUUAA